AUGCAAAUACCUGAUAGCGUGUAUCCGCCACGAGACGCAUAUCGCUUUCGUCCAUCCCCUCAUGAAAUCAUCCAUGGGAAAGGCAAAAAAAUUAACCGAAAUAUUUUCUGGUACCAAGAAUUGACAGAGUUUGAGCUUGAAAAACUGUCAAGGCUGGAGGUAAUCAAAAAAUGGCGUCAUUCGAAUUUUCUGGUAUCCCAGCCGAAAAUUCUCUUCCUCAAUUUUUUGAGUAUGAGGUUUGGGUUUCCCAGCGAAUUUAUCCCGGUUAUGACAGGGCUUUAAUUUCCUACGGUGCGCGACGCAGGACUCCUGUCCCUCAGGAAAUUUUAAUUUUCUGGAAGGAUGCCACCAACCCCAGGCGGUGGAGACUGGGACCUUUAGGGUGCCUGACAGACCCAAGUUGGCUCGCCCGAGAGCCGGAAGGACGGCCGUCGAAAUCCUAACCCCCAAGCCAAUGGGACAAUUCAGCCUAGAAGCCAGAUGGAAGCACGACAUUUUGGUGAAGCGGAGAAACCCAGAAGCAGGACGGAAUCCUGUGCGGGAGAUGUGGUAUUGGAUGUUAAGCGUGUAUAACUAAUUAAGUAAGUCAAGGCUGGAGAUAGAAAUAAAAAAAUACAAAAUUAAGGUUCCUGAUGAGUGGGAUAGGAACCAUUUGCUGCGUUUCUGCUAUGGAACUGGCUGAAAAACAAGAAAAGCAGUAACUGUGCUGCUGAAUCACUUGAAGUGGAGGGAAAUAAAUUUUCCGCAUGGCUAUAUGGAAUUAUACCCAAGGUCCCUUCUUAUCCUCUAGGAAAUUCUCACUUUUGCUAUAAAUAUUAUUUAACCGAAAUUUUAAAAAAAAUAGAAAAAUUAUCCCAAAAAAGGGCAAUGACUAGCUUUUUGCCUUAUUGAGUAAACUAGACCUUAUAAAAUAUCUUAAAAAGCAAUUUAAUUAAAGCCAAAAGGCUAAACACAAUUGGCUAAAAAUUAACUGUUAUACCCAAAGUAGAAGAAAUGCUUGUAAUAUUUAUUUAGAAUGAAGGCUGUUUAUAUGUACAUGGCCGAGACCACCAAUUCAGGCCUAUUAUUGUAAUGAACUUCGCCAAAUACAAUUUCAAAAAAGUAAUUAUUAUUUAGCACACUGUCGAUGAAUAUAUGAUGCACACUGCUUUUGUUUUAGAAUUUGUCGUAACAAACAUGAUGAUCCCAGGGCAAGUAGAAAACUGGGUCGCUAUCAGUGACAUGUCCAAGCAGGGGUUUGGAAGUCUUGAUCUCGGCUCUUUGAAGAAAAUCACAAAUAUUCUCCAAGAAAACUAUAGAUGCAGGCUUGGAGUCAAUCAUAUUAUAAACGCCACAAAUAGCUUUUUCUUCAUGUAUAAGCUCAUUUCGCCGUUUUUAGAUGACGCUGCCAAAGAGAAAAUGACCUUCCAGAGGGAUGGAAAUUUGGUUCAUCUCUUUGCCCAUUGCAACCCAAGCCAAGUAGAACAGAAAUAUGGGGGCACGGCUCCCAAUUUGACACGAUUUUGGCCACCUGUAGUUCCUGAAGGUCCUUAUUUGCCUUCAAAAGGAGAUAUAAAAGGGUCUGAUAAUGAGACAAACUCUGAAUACGACACCUACCACAAAUUCUUCCCUAUUGUUAAUACAGGAGAAGUGGAGACUCAUGAGCUCAAUAAUGAAUCCUUUGAAAAAUAUCAUGAGCCUAGCAAAAAAAAGCAUAGGGAGCCUGAAUUUUAUGAGUAUCAAGGCAAAGAGAUAUAUGAAGGAGAAAACCCUAUAAACUUUUCUGCCCCUGAAGACGACCCAGUUGACAAAAGCCUGGACCCAGAAGUGUAUGAUAUUGUUGUAGAAGAAGUGCCUAAGAAAAAGAAGAAAAAGAGAAAAAGCAAGAGGAGACAUACAUCAACUGAGCCAGAAAAUGUAUAUGAAGAAGAGCAGCCUGAUACAAGCCAGAUUGAAAUCUAUAAAAAAGAAGAAGAAAAAGCAUAUGAAGAGGCUGAACAAAUAGAUGAAAAAAGUGAUAUGAUUCAGUCCAUAGAGAUUCAUGAGCCCAUUCAUAUAACAGAACCUAUUCUUUUAGAAAAAGAAAGCAAUUUCACAGGUUGCAGUUUUUGGUGUACUCCAAAAAAUGCGAAAUCUGAAUCUCGCUGCUUACUAUUUUAA